AUGAGAAGAAAGAGGGUAUUAGAAGAAUCAAAAAAGACACUGGAAGAUGAGCAAACUCAAAAAGAUCAGUUGCUGGGACUAAUUUAUACUUUAGACGCUUUUGGACUUAAGUUUGAUGAAUAUAUUGGUGAAAUUGCCGAAGAAAACAGUCCGUCAGUGCUGAAUAAAUUAGGAGAAAAAUGGACUGAGUAUUUGCGCCAGCAGGAAAUAUCUAAUGAGGAAAUGCCAGCGGGAAAAAGAAAAAAAGACUUGCUGGCAGCAAUAGAAAAAAGAAAGAGUGCGAUAGAAAAAGGUGAACUCGCCAAAACUAAAACUGAAGCAGAAAAAAUAGCUGAAGCCAGAAACGAAGCAGACGGUCUGAAAAAGAGAAUAAGGAAUUUUCAAGAAGAGUUAAAAAGACGAAAUAUCACUUCUGAAGAAAAUAAUUGA